UUCUCUCAAAUUCUUUCUCUCGUUUAUUUAGUUACACGGUAAUUAAUAAUCUUAAAUAAUGGCACUUCCGAGUGAUAACGAAUCAAAUAUCUCAGCAGUGGAGAAAGGCAAUUUCGUCUUGAGUUCUGAUCUCACCGUUUCCUCGAAUCCUGUUGUUGAUUUGGCCCAAAGGUUGUUAUCCGAGUUUAUUGGAACCUAUUUUCUUAUUUUUGCUGGUUGCGGGUCGGUGGCUGUCAAUCAACUUUACGGUGGCGCAGUCAGUUUUCCGGGGAUAAGUGUAACGUGGGGCCUAAUCGUUAUGGUUAUGAUUUACUCCGUCGGCCAUGUCUCCGCCCACUUUAAUCCUGCCGUCACAAUCACAUUGGCCCUCUUGGGUUUGUUUCCUUUUAAGGAGGUGUUCUUUUAUAUAAUAUCACAAACAUUGGGAUCAAUUUUCGCUAGCGGAACAUUAGCAUUGAUUUUGGACGUAACACCGAAAGCAUUUUUUGGAACUACACCCUCUGGCUCAACCAUGCAAUCGUUCUUUGUUGAGAUCAUCAUUACUGCCAUCCUAAUGUUCGUUAUUUCGGGUGCCACUAUUGAUCGAAGGGCGAAUACAAAGAUCGGAGGAAUCGUAGUUGGCAUGACUAUAACAUUAAAUGUCUUUGUAGCAGGACAAAUAUCCGGAGCAUCGAUGAAUCCAGCACGAAGCCUUGGACCAGCCAUUGUGCUCCAUAAUUACAAAGGAAUGGAAACACUCCCAAUCACAACCACUUCACGGUGGCUCAUGGCAGUCGGAGGGAAAGGCAAUGGAACAACCUCCUCGUUGGUUGAACAGGCGAUGGCGGCGGCUAGCUGCACUCAUGACGACGGAUGGCGGGCAGCAGCAGCGUAUAUCGGCGGCGAAGAAGUGAAGGCAGCGAUUGAUCGUGGUUGUGCCGGCAGCAGGUUCGUGGUUGACUUUGGUAGCUGA